AUGGCUGCACUUCCUGUACAAAGAUUAACUCCAUUUAAACGUCCAUUUAACUUCGUGGGCAUUGAUUACCUGGGUCCUGUUGAAGUCGUCGUCGGCCGCCGCAGAGAAAAACGCUGGGUUGCGGUGUUCACGUGCAUGGUUGUUAGAGCGGUGCAUUUGGAAGUAGUCCACAGUCUUACCGCGCAAUCAUGCAUCAUGGCGAUCCGCCGUUUCAUCAGCCGCCGAGGUCCAGCCUCCGAAUACUUCACAGAUAACGGGACGAACUUCCGAGGUGCGAGUAAGGAGAUAAUCCAACGGGUACGAGAAAUUGAUGCUGUCUGUGCCGAUGAAUUUACGACUGCUAUCACGAGUUGGCACUUCAUCCCACCUGGAACACCCCACAUGGGAGGGGCGUGGGAAAGGAUGGUGCGCUCGGUGAAGCAAGUCAUGGCCGCUUUGGACGACGGGCGUCGAUUGAACGACGAAAUCCUCCUUACUACGCUUGCUGAAACUGAGGACAUGAUCAACAGCCGGCCCCUAACUCUUGUAACCACGGACUCUGUGAUGGGUGCACUUUGUCCAAAUGUCUUCCUGCGAGGUUCAGAUCCCAACGAGCCACAUGAAGUCAUUCAACCUACGCAUCCUGCGGAAGCACUUCGGGAUGCUUACAAGAGAUCGCAGCAGCUGUCCGACGAGUUAUGGAAGCGGUGGAUUAGAGAGUACGUGCCGACAGUCAAUCAACGGUCCAAGUGGUUCUCCGAAACAAAUCCUCUAAAGAAAGGGGAUCUCGUAUACGUGGUCGAAGGCAGUCGACGCAAAGCAUGGGUUCGAGGAGUCAUCGAGGAGCCGAUCGUUUCUGGUGACGGAAGAGUCCGUCAAGCUUUGGUACGUACAACUGGUGGUGUUUUUCGACGUGGAACGGCAAAUUUGGCGGUACUAGAGAUUGCUGACAGAGUCCAGACGGUGGGUCCAGAGAGUGCCGCUCAUCAUGCAACUUCUGAUACUGGUGGUAACGCUGAUCCGGUGGCUCCAGAGAGUGAAUCCGGACCAGGUUUACGGGUGGGGGACUGUUGA